AUGGCCAAUCCACAACCUACACAUGUGGGCAGAAGCCCUAGCGUGUCAAGUCCGGCUCUAAGUGUACGUCUAGCACCUAUUUCAUCCGGAAGUUCUCCAAGGUUGCAAGUUUCGGCUUCUCCAGGCUAUCUUGGUUCGACAAGUUUCUCGGCAGUACUAUCAGAACAUCAAAAGGAGAUCCCUGCAGAUGUCGAUGUUCCUUCUGGAACGGCGAUGGUUCUGACAGCGGCCGAGCCAGACCCAGAUCGAGCACAAUCUGCCUUCCGAAUAUUGGCUUUGCUAUACAACUUGAAGUUGUUCGAUUCUGUCAUUAGUCGCCUGUACGCUGGCAAGUGCUACAAGGUGCUUCCUCCUUACAUCAUCGAUAAGACUCUAUACGAAACGCGACGAGUGUACGAUAGCUUUGAGUCUACCCGAGUGGAAAGCCGGAUAAGAGAUUUUGCACUUCAGAUAUUUCACAAUACUUUUCGGCCAAUGCCACGAGCCAAAACGAUGACAGUAGAUGAGUACAUUGCUACCUUCACCGGGCGCAACACUCGCUGGGAAACAAUUGCUCUUAUUCUAGCCACAGCAGGCUGUGUCUUGUUUUCUGUUACCGAGCAGCAUCCAAUGUUUACGGAACUUAGGACAAAUGGUGACACCAAGAGUAAUGCCGAGUUGAAGGAGCAGCUAGUAUUAGAAGUCUCGGAUGCCACUACAAAUUGCUUGAUGUUCUGCGACCAUGCUGCAUCCUCAAAUGAAAUCCUUGCCUAUGCACAAUACGCGGACGUGAUAAUGAAAUCACAACAAUACGGAGAUUCCAGUUAUCAAGCAUGGCGUCGAUUGAGUGAUCUGGCAGCUACUGUCUAUGCAUCCGGGUUACAUCAGGUGGAUGGCCCUGCAGAUGAGAACUGUCCAUUUUUCCUUAAACAGUUGCGAAGGGGCUGCUUUGCUGCUGCGUUUUUCACCGAUAAGUGUGUCGCAACGUUUGUAGGACGGCCUCCUUUGAUUAACUAUCGAUAUUGCUCUCUGACUCUUCCGUACGACGUUGAUGAUGACGUACUAUUUUCCGGGGGAGAUGUCGAACAAGAGGUCCUCUUACGGGUCGAUGUGAAUGGUUGGGACAAAAAUGGCAUCGCACGUCGUCCAGGUGUCAAUCGCAUUAGGUUUCAGUUGUCUAUCUGUCGUGAAGAGAUUCUCGAGCUCGCACUUGGUGAAGGCUAUCAACGGGAUAUACCUCGCAAAGCAGAGCAGAUUUUAGAACGUGCACAAAAGGCGUGGACUCAGUGCCCAGCGCGUCUCCGAUAUGAUUGUCUUUCACCAGAGGAUCUAGGUCGCCCUUUAUCUGACGAAUAUCAGAUGAUGUUUUUGAUAUACGUUGAUUACCUGCACAGCCAGUUCCUGCUUCACCGGGCUGUGGUUAAGCACACAAACGUGGGCCAUGUACCUUUGUUUGAUACCGCCAGACAGUUGUUGUCGACGGUUCUUCGGAUCUGUAACGAUCGCGAAGCCAAAUUAGACCGAAGUAAACAGGUCUCUUGGGUUAUGCUUUAUUAUGGUCUUCCAAGUGCGUGCGUGCUCGCCUUUGAAAUCCUCCGACAGAAUCAGAAGCCAGGCCCGCAUCCUGUGGUACUUCCACGGUCUGAAAUUAUUCGCAAUCUGAGUGUGUUUGUGUCGUGUCUUGCUUGGGUUGCAAGCCCGAGUCCUAGUCACGGGAACUACGCUGCGUGCAAGGAAGUUGAGAAAAAGUUAUCACGGAUAUUGGAUCAGAUAUUGGAGCCCGUUCCAACAGUAACUCCCCAUGAGGAUCUGAGCUUUGUUGAAAACGUUGCUUCAGGGUUGGAGCCGUAUUUGGACUGGAAUCAAUUCAACUCAUAUGAUUUCAAUUCUGAUUAUUUCUCAAUAUAG